AUCUCUCCAAGGAAUAAAUAUAUACCCUUCCCUUUCUUGUGAACCUCCAUAAAUACUCUAAUCGCCAUACCCCCCACCCCUCUCCCUCUCUCUUCUGUUAACUCCACUGUCUUGAUAAGUACUGCUCGAGGAGGGCUCUAUUCUCUCAAGUGUUUAUGGUUAUCAUGGGAAUUCAGAAGCCUGCAUGGUUGGAAGCCCUUUAUUCUCAGAAAUUCUUCGUGGGGUGUUCUUACCAUGAAACUGCAAAGAAGAAUGAAAAGAACGUGUAUUGCUUGGAUUGUUGCAUUAGUAUCUGCCCUCAUUGCAUACCCUCACAUCGUUUUCACAGGCUUCUUCAGGUUCGUCGGUACGUAUAUCAUGAUGUUGUCAGAUUGGAAGAUCUCCAAAAGCUUAUAGAUUGCUCUAAUGUUCAGGCCUAUACUAUUAACAGUGCUAAAGUGGUGUUCAUCAAGAAGAGACCUCAAAACAGGCAAUUCAAAGGGGCCGGAAACUAUUGUACUUCCUGUGACAGAAGUCUCCAAGAACCUUUUAUUCAUUGCUCUCUGGGGUGCAAGGUGGAUUUUGUGCUGAAACACUACAAAGACCUCUCUGCAUUCUUAAGGAAAUGCAACACUUUAACUCUGAGCCCUGAUUUCCUGAUUCCACAAGACAUGGGAGAGGAUGAAAUGACAAACGAGACACCGCAUUCAACAAUUGUAGACAGCGAUGAGCCGAUGAGCUGGUCUUCAGGGUCAUCAGGGUCAGAGAACAUGAGCAUGGCAUACAGUAGUGAUCAGAUUGUGAGGAAGAAGAGAAGUGGGCUAUAUUUGUGUGGGAGAUCAGCUAAUAAGGUUUCUGAUGAGGACAUGGCUACAAGCAUGAGUAGAAGAAAAGGCAUUCCCCACAGAUCUCCUCUAUGUUAGCUAAACAAAACUUAAAACAAAUUACAAAUUUUUUACUACUACUUCUACUACUAGUUUAAUUGUGAUAUUUUUGACUGAAUCAUUAAUUUUAAAAUGCUUUAAGCUCUUUCUCU